AGAUAAGCGCAAGUGGCACAAAAAACGCACAUGCAGGUCCACUGCUGUGCAGGUAACAUUGGAGUCACGAGUUUCAGGCAUCAUGAGAAUUAGUCCGAGCACGAUGCCAUCUGGGACGUCAGGCCAUGCCCAAGGACAACCGAACCGAGGAGUCCUGGAAACCCUUUCGGGAAAGAAGCCCCACAAGCGUUGGUCCGCGGGAAUCUCGGUCGAAAUGCCAAUUGCUGACCUGCGGACGGCCACGCCAACGACCUUGUCCUCCCGCGAAGACUCCUGCUUGAUUUGUGCUGAGCCUGUGAAGUAUUACGCUAUCUCUAGCUGUAAUCACCGCACAUGUCAUCAAUGUGCCCUCCGGUGGAGGGCUUUGUACAAGAAACACGAGUGUGCUUUUUGCAAGAGCCCACAGCCUCGACUUAUUUUCACAUCAUCCGGCUCUAGCCCCUGCGAGGUUCCCCCAAAGGCUCAGUCCUUCAUUGAUGAUAGAUUGGGCAUAGUAUUCGAGACAAAAGAAAUGAUGAAUGAAUCCCUUCUCCUACUCCGGUUUAACUGUCCACAUGUCCAGUGCGAGUUCACCGCGAAGGGCUGGGCAGACUUGAAGUCCCAUGUCCGCGAUGAUCAUGCACAAUUCUUGUGCGACUUGUGCAUUCGGCAUAAGAAGAUAUUUCCCCAUGAACAUCCAUUGUACACACCACGAAUGCUAGCACAGCAUCUUCCAUCCUUGCGACGGCCGCCUCCCUUACCAAAAGGGGCGAGCGAAACCCCCGAGGAAAGAACGGCGGACGUGAUUCACCCACUGUGUCCCUUCUGUAAGGAGUGCUUCUAUGCGGACGACGAAUUAUCGUUCCAUCUGAGGGAAAGACAUGAGGAGUGUUUCGUUUGUCGACGUCUCGGGACUCGAGAUUACUACUUCCAGAACUAUGAGAAACUAGUAUGUUCACUAAUUACUUUACCUGGAGUCUUCUUAUAUUGUUUUCAGUAUCAGCACUUCCGAUCUGAUCAUUUCCCGUGUCCCCACUCGGACUGCCUUGCACAAAAAUUCAUCGUUUUCCCAUCGCAGUUGGAUUUGCAAAUUCACCAAAUUCAGCAGCACGGCGAUGAGAUGUCGACCCGGCAGAAAAAGGACAAAUUACGCAUUGGGAGUGUGUUUGGAUCAAGCAACUUACAGCAUGCGUCAACGUCAAGCAGAGUGAGCGUGCCAGGUAGCACAACUGCCAGUUCAAGCGAGCAGAUCGUGAACAUCAAUCGCAGAAGAACAUUGGGGAACCAUCAUCUGACCGAUCCUGAUAACUGUGGAUCACCAAGUGAAAUAUCGACUGGUGCUGGAGCAAUUUUCGCUGGGUUAGGGACGUUGGAUAGUUCCCUGCAAAAUCUCAGCUCGCACGCACGGCUAUCAGUUUUGUCCAAUGUCCGGAGCUUCCAAGCUUCAGAAUCGUCUUCUCGUGAUAUGUUAGACAACAUUCACAUCGUGUUCGAUGGGAAUCUAGGAGCCAUGAGCCCAAUCGUUGUCAAAAUCCUCGAUCUGUUUGAGGCCAAAAAGGAAAAGCAAAGCGAGGUACUUCAGAGCUGGACUAGGCUCAAAUCACAGGAAGGGGAACAGUUCCCAUCAUUGGGAUCUGUUUCAAAUGUUCCCGUGAACUCGAAGAAACCUCCAGAGAAGCAUGUUGGUGCUGGAGCAUCGGUAGGGGUCUGGAAUCGUGACGAAAAGGCCGUGACACUUUCCACCUCGAGCACCGCCCCGUUCCCCUCUCUGUCACGGAAAGAUGGUGUCACUGGCCGACCCACGAUGAAUUUAACGGACAGCUUUCCUUCUCUUCCACCAUCAUCUCGCUCACAAGUUCCAAAGGAAUUCAUCCGAGCCAGCCAGAACGCACACGAUGCAUCU